AUGUCGGAUACCGGAUUCGAAGCGGCCGCUACCGUAUCGCACGAUCCACGUAUUGCCAUGCAGAAAUCGCGAUUCGUUCCCCACAGCGACAACAACCAUCUGCGUGGCGUCCAUAGCUACGUUGAUCUGACCAGCUCGAGCUGUCGGGACAGCGAACUCAUGAGCAAAGGUCCCGCCCAUGCAUACUCGAUACAUCAGCGGUCUAUCUCCAGGGAAGGCCCUUCGCUCGCGCCUAUGCCAUCGACAGAACAUUUAAGCAUGGGACCGCAGGCGGCACAUCAGCUUUACGAACCGUUCCGGGGUCUUUUCAAUGACUCCGGGCACGCGAAGGAAUACCGACAGAACAAGAUGCGAUUCAACCGUGAGCCAUGGAGGGAUCCUGCCACUGACCCGACUAUCGAGAUGGUUGAACGUGAUCGCGAACGCAACGUAGAGCGCAUCUACAACGCGAUGGUCAGCGGGGAUCAUGCCAGAGACAACCCCAAAUCAACUGCGCGGAAGAGGUGGAUCGAAGAGCCACAUUACCAGUCCGACUUGGUGGAAGCAUACGCGCACAAGGUGUUUGACUGCCUGCUCGAGCAGGUUAGGAAAGGGUUCCGCGGUUGGCAGCAGAACGACUAUGUCAACGACGAGCGCAAGGGCGAGGACGAAGACAAAGACACCGACUGUGCCGGUCGGCUAGAUAACAUCGUCACCGCCCUCGCGCAGGAGAAGUGCAUUUGCGAGAACGUCAUGUGCUCGGCGUGGCAGAUCCGCAUGUUUGUCAACGCACCUAAGGCGUACUCCAAGCGUAAGGAUCAGAACCGGUGUACCUGA